AUGUCUUCAGAGGAGCUCACAACAAGCUUGUCAGAUUUGGCGGUGGCUUCGCAGGCCCCGACGGCCAGCCAAAUCGGUUCUUCAGGUGAUCUGUCCUCUGAAGGUGGGGUGCAGGUCACUUGUUUCAGUGAGGACCUGCACGACGUCACGCUCCAUUUCCAGAUCAUAAGGUUCCCUAAACAGAUCUAUGCAUGGAUAGGAUGCAACAACUCGGCAAAGUUUGGCCAUUUAUAUGCUGCUGCAACCACUAGGCUGGGUGAUGGAGUGAGUGUCACAUCUGUACUUGGAGGAACAUCUGAUAACACUGGAUCAAGCAUGGCCCGCCGCUUAGUGCUGAAGACAGGCCUAAAUAUAAUUUUAGCAUGUAACAUUCCGAAAGACAGCCCCAUGCUUGAGGCUGCUGCAGAGAGGAAACUUGUGGAGAAGCUGAGAAGUUUAGGCUAUAUCAGAUCUAAGACAGGAGAGGCUAACGCUUCCACAGCUCCUUGA